CCCUCCCUGGCCCCGGCGCCGGGCUCCAGCUUGGGGCCGGGGGGUCUCCCGGCAGCGGGAGGAGCCCUCCGGGGGCCACCCCGCGGGAUGCCAGCGGGCGGCCGGCGAGGAGUCGUAGUUCCCUCGGUCCCUUUGUUGACAAUUUCCCCCGAACCAACUUGAGUUUGGCCGGCUCCGCCGCGGCCCUGACGUCACGCUCGGUCACGUGGCCCCGCCUCCCCCUGGAUCUUUAAGUAGAAAGUAAUCUAUCAGGGCCAGUCCUUAAAACGGGACUUUCGACUACCCGGGCUCGGCGAUCCCCGUCACCCCCAGACCCCCCCACCCCCGCCGUCGCCCCUCGCCCGCGCCCCUCCGGGGUCCCGCGCCCGGCGCCCGGGCGUCCCCGCGCUCGCUCGCCCGCCCGCACCGCUCCCGAGCACCCGCGCCACGACCCGGAGGCCGAGGGACCGAGGGGGGCGCGGCGCGGACCCAGCCUCCCGGGGGCGCGAGCGGCGGCCGUCGCCCGGCCUGGCACGGGAGCGCCGGUCGGGGGAGAGCGCAGGAGUUGGCCGCAGCGGCAGCGGAGGAGGAGGCGGUGCGCGAUGCGGGGCCUCCCGGCGUGAGCUGCCCCGGGAGGGCCCCGGGCUCCCCCGUGCCGCGUCCCCUCCCUCCCCUCCCCCGCUCCGCUUGUCCUCGUCGGGGGGCGCGGGCACCCCACCCCUUCCAUCCCCGAGACCACCACCCCCACCCCCCCGGCGCGCCGCCGAGCCCCGCGGAGGGAUGACCCUCUCCGGCGGCGGCAGCGCAGGCGACAUGUCCGGCCAGACCGUGCUGACGGCCGACGACGUGGACAUCGAUGUGGUGGGCGAGGGGGACGACGGCCCGGACGGGGGCAAGGACAGCGACGCGGGCUGCUGCGACAGCCCCCCGGGGCCGCCGGAGCCGCGCCUGGACGAGGCGGACGACGGGCCGCCGCCGGCCACCCAUCAUCCCCAUCCCCAUCCUCCCCAUCCCCGCGCCCAGCCUCAGCCGCCGGCCCCGUCGCUGCCCGCCGAGGUGGGCCCGGGAGUCGAACCGGCGGGAGUCCCGGAGGCCGACGGCUGCAAGGGCGGCGGCGAGGACGCGGGCCCCGGCGGCGGCGGCGGAGGAGGAGGAGGCGGCGCGGCGGCGGGGCUGGCGCCCAGCAAGCCCAAGAACAGCCUGGUGAAGCCGCCGUACUCGUACAUCGCGCUCAUCACCAUGGCCAUCCUGCAGAGCCCGCAGAAGAAGCUCACCCUGAGCGGCAUCUGCGAGUUCAUCAGCAACCGCUUCCCCUACUACCGCGAGAAGUUCCCGGCCUGGCAGAACAGCAUCCGCCACAACCUGUCCCUCAACGACUGCUUCGUCAAGAUCCCCCGCGAGCCGGGCAACCCGGGCAAGGGGAACUACUGGACCCUGGACCCGCAGUCCGAGGACAUGUUCGACAACGGCAGCUUCCUGCGCCGCCGGAAGCGCUUCAAGCGCCACCAGCAGGAGCACCUGCGCGAGCAGACGGCGCUCAUGAUGCAGAGCUUCGGGGCCUACGGGCUGGCGGCGGCCGCGGCGGGCGCGGCGGGGCCCUACGGCCGCCCCUACGGCCUGCACCCCGCGGCGGCGGCGGCGGCGGCGGGCGCCUACCCGCACCCCGCGGCGGCGGCGGCGGCGGCGGCAGCGGCGGCCGCGGCCCUGCAGUACCCGUACGCGCUGCCCCCCGUGGCGGCGCCCGCCGUGCUGCCCCCCGCCGUGCCCCUGCUGCCCUCGGCCGAGCUGGGCCGCAAGGCCGCCGCCUUCGGCUCGCAGCUCGGCCCGAGCCUCCAGCUGCAGCUCAACAGCCUGGGGGCGGCCGCCGCCGCCGCCGCCGCCGCCUCGUCCUCGUCGUCGUCCUCGUCGUCGUCCUCCGCCGCCGCCGCCGCCGGCACGCCGGGCGCCACGUCGCUCGUCAAGUCCGAGCCCAGCCCGCGGCCGUCGUUCAGCAUCGAGAACAUCAUCGGCGCGGGCCCCGCGGCCCCCGGGGGCUCGGCCGGGGGCGCCGGCGGCGGCGGCGGGGUCGCCGCCCCCCAGUCCUUCCUGCGGCCGCCGGGGACCGUGCAGCCGGCGGCGCUGGUGGCCGCGCACCAGCCGCUGUCGCUGAGCCGGACGACGGCCACCAUCGCGCCCAUCCUGAGCGUGCCGCUGUCCGGACAGUUCCUGCAGCCCGCCGCCUCGGCCGCCGCCGCCGUCCAAGCCAAGUGGCCCGCGCAAUAGUGAGCAGGAGCCGGUGGGAGCCGGGCCGGGCCGGGCGCCCGCCCUCCUCCCGGUCCGUCCGCCCUGGUCCUGGUCCCCCUCUCCCCGCUCCCGGACUCUGCUUCCCGCGCCCCAUCCCAUCCCCAACACC